AUUCGUAUAUCAUUUGUUUCAUUAUGGAUAACUAAAUAAAAUAGUUUCGAAAGCGUGGGUUUUAUUAAGUUUGACUUAUUAAAAAGGUUAGAAAUAUUUAUGCUCUCUUUUUAGUAUUUAAACAUAAUUGUUGAUCUCAAGUUAUAAUCCAUAAAGUUGGUAAACAUAUAAUAUAAAGAUUGUAUCAAGUUUAGUUUAAAGGUUAGAAGGAAGUAUAAAGAGUGAUGGAUUCAGAUAGUUAUACGUUGUCUUGUACAGUAGUAGUAGAAUGGCUCGACAAACAUGGAUCUAUUAUUCGAAAAAUAACUCAUAAAUCCGCGUCUUUGCGUUUGAUACGGGACAAUUUCCGAGAUAUGAUCAUAGAAAUACAUGCAGAGAAAGCAAAUGCAACAACGAAGUUAACAUUAAAAAAAAUUUCUGUAUUCAAUAAAUUUAUGAAUGAGGGUAAAGCGUCUAUUAAAUUUCAAGAAGAAAACUGUACACUUUUUUUAUCUAAUGCUCCCUCAGCUUCGUUGAUAAAUUUCUUAAAAACGAUAUUUAUUAAAAUGACAGGGCAAGUCAAAAAAUCAUCAGAUAAAUCGUUGAAAGAAAAAUUGUUAUCGAAUAUACCAUUAGGUGGUAUUCAAGAAAUUAGUCCAGUAACAAGUACAGAAGUUAAUAAAGCAAAGGAAAAAGCAAAGGAAAUAUCUCGCGCAACGGUUACUACACCAUCACCUAGUGCUUUAAAAAAACGAAAACGUUUCAACGAACAUACAUCUACAUUACCUAUAGCCAAGAAAUUAUAUGAAAAUCCAACUGUAGGAGAUAUGACAGAAGAACAAAGUAAAGUUUUAAGUGCCGUACUUAAUGGAAAAAAUGUAUUUUUUACUGGUAGUGCAGGCACUGGUAAAUCAUUUUUAUUGAAGAAGAUAAUAGCAGCAUUACCACCAGAUGUAACAAUAGCUACAGCCAGUACAGCUGUUGCUGCUUGUCAUAUUGGAGGUAUUACUUUGCAUCAAUUUGCAGGAAUUGGAAUUGGAAGUGGAACUUUAGAAAGAUCUUUACAACUAGCGUCUCGUUCUUCUUCAGCUGCAGUAUGGAGAAAAACAAAACAUUUAAUCGUAGAUGAAAUUUCUAUGGUAGAUGCAGAAUUUUUUGAUAAAUUAGAAGUAGUUGCAAGGCAUAUACGUAAGAAUGAAAAACCUUUUGGUGGUAUACAACUGAUUUUAUGUGGAGAUUUUUUUCAAUUACCACCUGUAUCCAAGAGAGAUGAAAAAAUAAAAUUUUGCUUUCAAAGUGAGGCAUGGGAGAAAUGUGUUCAUUUUAAUUUUGAAUUAAAAAUAGUACAUAGACAAAAAGAUCCAGAGUUUAUAAAAAUUUUAAAUAAUAUUAGAAUAGGAAGAGUUACAGAAAGUAUUUCUAAUAUUCUUAAGGCCACUGCAAAACAAAAGAUCGAAAGUAAUGGAAUUCUAGCAACUAGAUUGUGUUCUCAUAUAAAUGAAGCUGAUGAAAUCAAUAACUUUCAAUUGAAUGAAUUAAAAGGAGCUAUUAAAAUUUAUACAGCACAAGACUCUGAUGAAAUGAUGAGCAAAGCAUUAGAUCAACAAUUGCCUGUACCUAGCAAAUUAACUUUAAAAAUUGGUGCUCAAGUUAUGUUAGUAAAAAAUAUUAAUAUUUCAAAUGGUUUAGUGAAUGGAGCUAGAGGAAUAGUUACUAAGUUUGUAGAUGAUUUACCAGUAAUUCAACUUAGAUCAGGAAAUAUUUAUCAUACCAAAAUAGAAAAAUGGUCUAUAAGAACUGCAUCGGGUGUUACUGUGCAUAGAAAACAAAUUCCAUUAAAAUUGGCAUGGGCUUUUUCCAUACAUAAAAGUCAAGGUUUAACUUUAGAUUGUGUUGAAAUGUGUCUCUCUAGAGUUUUUGACGCUGGUCAAUCUUAUGUUGCUCUCUCAAGAGCACAAAGUUUGCAAUCAUUACGCAUUUUAGAUUUUAACAGUCAGCAAGUAUGGGCUAAUACUACUGUACUUGAAUUUUAUAAAAAAUUUAGAAGAAAUUUACAUGAAAUGGAAAUGAUUCCUAUAGGAAAAAAAAAGCUAAAAUUAGUAAGUAAUGUUAUAUGAAUAAAAUAUUUUAAUAAAUAGACUAAAAAUUACUUAAUAAUUUGAUAAAUAUUAUAAGAUAUAAUGUUUAGAUAUUAAAAAGAUAAAAUGAAAUGAAUGAGAAAUAAGAAGAUAUAUUUUUGUAGUAAAAAAAAUAUUUUGAAAACAGUAUUUUGACAGAUCUCAUAAUCUUUCCUUUUAUUAAAGAAAGUAAAAGUUUAUGUUUAAUUCUAAGCACUUGAUCAUAACAACAAGGCAUAGAUGUCCUUCAAUAUUUUAUACAAAUAUUACAAUGCAAGCAAUAGCACAAUGAAAUUUAAUAAUCAUCUACUGUGAUUUCUAUCGGUGGUAUAUAACGCCACGUAUGUCCAGCAUUUAUGAGUUCUGAACAUAAUGUUGGAGUAUUUGGUGUUGUUUCUUUACUACUGCAUUGAAUAUCUAUUUUAUACUGGCCAGCGGUAAAAAAUACUACUCGACACUCGUGAUAUGCUCUCCCAUAUUCCUGUAACUGUAAUGUAAAUAGUUUUGAAUUAAAUGUUUUUUUCAUAGUAUUAUAAAAACGAUAAAUAUAUAGAAAUGUGAUAUUAGAUGAUAUAUAUAUAUGUUGAUAUACAAUUAAAAGAUGUAUGUCAAAAUAUUUACUUACAGCUGGAAGCAUCACUUUAUUUGCACCAGCAAUGGACAAUCUUGUAUCUAGUUGAUAAUUAUUAACUCCAUUAUGAUGAUCUUGAUAGAAAUUUAUAGAUAAUAUAAGAUCACUAAGAGGAUGUUCUAAUGCAUUACAUACACCUAUACCAAUAUUAACACAUUCGCCCAAAUUACAUGUUAACUCGUCUUGAGCCUUUACCAUUGUAUCAUUUAUUGUUACUUCUGUAAAACAAUUCAAUGUAAAUGUAUUUUUUAUAUUUGCACUACAAAUAAAUUAUAUAAGGUAAUAUUUAAACAUACCCCAUUGUAAAGGACUCAUUCUAACAAGAUCCAACAUAUCUUGAGUAAGAGUAAUGCCAGAAAGAGUUGCUUUUCCAGUAGAUUCGGUACCUAAUAAUUGCCAACGUAAAUCUACUAACGAAGCAAUAUGCUCAGCGCAAACUUUUUGAAGCUCUCCAACAUCUCCUCCUCCAUUUAACUAAAAACAAAAGAUUAAUAAAAUAAGUAAUAAAUAAACAGAUAAUAAACAAGUAAAUAUAAGAAAUAAUACCAUGGAUAAUUUAUUAAGUGGACAUCUAUCUACUGGGACUGGUAUUCUACAUGGUUCUUUGCCUUCCAUAUAUAUACACUUGCUUUGAGUAUAAUGUAACUCCAUUUCAUGAUUCGUCAUAUUUGUAACGUCCAAUACAAGAUAAAAUUGAGAUGACCUAGACAUUAUUUUUUAUAACGAAGUAUUAGAUUGAAUAAAAAAAAAUAUGUAAUA